CAGCAGGUUUAUGACAUUUACGAGGUGUUUGCAGGUAAGUCAUAUUUAGGAUGCAUUAAUACAAUCAUAAAUUGUGUGGCGUAAUAUACAGUUUUCUUCUUAAUUUGCCCUGAAUUGGGAAACAUUAUAAAAGUAGUUUUGCAACAGUUGGUAUUUUAGGCCGGAGGUAAUUAGUGCUCUCUCAUUGGCCAAUGGUCGUUCACUGCAUUUGAAGGGCAGCCAAUGAGAAGACGAGUUACAUGUGCUGUCAGCCAAUAGGAGCUGAGCUGCUCGGAGCCCUCAGACUCUUCCCAGUCGGCGUGUUAAAUGACUCCCGGACGGAACAGCCGCUGCUUUUUUGGACAUUUCCCCCGCUUUUAUCGUCUCAGUCGAGACUUGGUCCACGGAGCCUUGACGACGUCCCCGCGGCUGCUGUAGACCUCAGGCCGACUCGACUCGCACUUCCGCCGGCGUAGCAGGUGCUCGCCGCCCGGGAAUGCGGCGACACCCCCGCCUUUUGCUCGUUAAAGUGUGACCGCGGCCAGGACUGCCAGAAGUUACCAUGAAGGAGAAAUCUAAAAACGCUGCCCGGACUCGGCGGGAAAAGGAGAAUAGUGAGUUUUAUGAACUGGCUAAAUUGUUGCCGCUGCCCUCCGCCAUCACGUCCCAGCUGGACAAAGCUUCCAUCAUCCGCCUGACCACCAGCUACCUGAAGAUGAGGAUUGUCUUUCCUGAAGGUCUUGGUGAGUCUUGGGGUCACGUGAGCCGCAGCAGCCUGGAUGGGGUCAGCCAGGAAUUGGGCUCCCAUCUCCUGCAGACAUUGGACGGCUUCAUUUUUGUGGUUGCUCCGGAUGGGAAAAUAAUGUACAUAUCAGAAACGGCCUCGGUUCACUUGGGUCUGUCUCAGGUUGGUUUAGCAAAGGUGGAGUUGACCGGAAACAGCAUUUAUGAAUACAUCCAUCCAGCCGACCAUGAUGAAAUGACCGCCGUCCUCACCGCACACCAGCCUUACCAUUCACAUUUAGUCCAAGAAUAUGAGAUGGAGCGCUCAUUCUUUCUGAGAAUGAAAUGUGUCCUUGCUAAAAGAAACGCUGGUCUUACGUGUGGAGGCUACAAGGUGAUUCAUUGCAGUGGCUACUUGAAAAUCCGCCAGUACAGCCUGGACAUGUCUCCAUUUGACGGCUGCUAUCAGAACGUCGGGCUGGUGGCGGUCGGUCACUCAUUACCACCCAGCGCGGUGACGGAGAUCAAACUGCACAGCAACAUGUUCAUGUUUCGAGCCAGCCUGGAUAUGAAGCUCAUCUUCCUCGACUCGCGGGUUGCAGAGCUUACAGGCUACGAGCCACAAGAUCUAAUAGAGAAGACUCUCUAUCAUCACGUCCACAGCUGUGACUCCUUCCAUCUGCGCUGUGCACAUCAUUUAUUGCUUGUAAAAGGACAAGUCACCACAAAGUACUACCGUUUCCUGGCCAAGCAUGGUGGCUGGGUGUGGGUUCAGAGUUAUGCUACGAUCGUGCACAACAGUCGCUCAUCCCGACCUCACUGCAUUGUCAGUGUCAACUACGUUCUCACGGAGACGGAGUACAAAGGCCUCCAGCUGUCUCUGGAUCAGACCACGUCCAAGGCUUCUCUCCCUUACAACAACACAGCAGGCAGCCUUGCCGAGACCUGCAGAACCCCAAAGAGCAAAAUAUCACGACCCAGAACCAAUGCUAGACUUUCCCCAUACCCACAGUAUCCCAGUUUUCAGACCGAGCGGUCCGAUUCAGACCAGGACAGCGCCUGGAGGGGCAGUCCCCUCACCGACACAGGCUCCCCACAGCUGCUGGAGACAAACGAAGGCCCGGACACCUCUUGUGUCUACAAGCCAUUCCCUGAACCCCGUCCGCUGUGCUACGGUCGCUCGGAGGAGCGCCACCACGCCGCCGACGGCCACCGGCAAGGUCAAAGUUGUGAGCAGGGACGAUGCGAGGCGGGGCGCUAUUUCCUGGGAGCUCCUCCUCCCCGCAGAGACGUGUGGUGGAGCACCGCGAGGUCCAUCCUGCCUCUGAGCAAGGGCUCGUUGGAGAACCACGAGGCAUACGCUGGCAGCAUGGCACACAUCACAGCAGUCCAUUGCUACCAUGGAGGACGUCACUGGGACGAGGACAGUGUUGUGAGUUCUCCGGACGGCGGCUCCACCAGCGACUCGGGUGAUCGCCAGCGAAGCGACCAAUACUGCACCGGUCUACAGGAAGCCAGCAAAAUCCAGACACUUAUCCGAGCCACACACAAUCGGAUCAAGGAGGAGGAGGAAAGUCGACUCCAGCUACGCAAGACCAACCCAAAUACCUCGCUGGGACAAGUCAACGAGCUGCCAAACAGCCCUGGUCCCUACUUCACCUCAGAGUACACCCAGAGGCCGAGACAGGCCGUGGUGUGUCGAGGUCUGAGUCACGUGAUGAGCCCAAUCCCCAGCCCCACUCCCUUGUCAAGGCUUAGCAGUCCAGGUUCCGAAAGCCUCAUCAGGUCCAAAGACUGCCUCCAAACAGACCUGUCCCCGCCGUCUUCACAACUGCACCACCCUUUCGAUCGACCGGGCCCGUGUUCAGCCUCUCCCACCCCGGCCCCGGCGCUGUACCCCUCGCACGCCCACUUUAGGCCCUACUUGGAAAGGCAUGCUCCGUACCCAUUAGCAGGUUAUGCUCUCGAACACCUUUAUGACCCAGAGAGCCUUCGGGGCUACUGCUCUCCUGCCAGCACCGAGGUGACCCCUCACCUCCACAUGCCGGCAGAGCAGACCCCCGGACACAAAGGCACCUCAGUCAUUAUCACCAAUGGCAGCUGACACUCGUUUUACACACGCACUAGGACCGGUGCCGCGAAACCUCUUUGGCCGCCUGGUUAGUCCUCAUCGACAGUCACACCGCGCUUAUUUUUACAUCAUACUGACCUUUGAUUGAUUGAUUGAAACUUUUAUUAGUAGAUUGCACAGUACAGUACAUAUUCCGUACAAUUGACCACUAAAUGGUAACACCCCAAUACGUUUUUUAACUUGUUUAAGUCGGGGUCCACGUUAAUCAAUUCUUGGUACAAAUACAGGUGCUGGUCAUAUUAUUAGAAUAUCAUGAAAAAGUUGAUUGAUUUCAUUAAUUCCAUUUAGAAAGUCAAACUUGUAGAAUGUAUACUUUCAUUCCAAACAGACUGAUACAUUUCAGGUGUUUUUUGGCCAAAAAGGAGAUGAUUAUAGAUGACAACCAAUCCAUCCAUCAUCCAUCAUCUUCCGCUUAUCUGAGGUCGGGUCGCGGGGGCAACAGCCUAAGCAGGGAAACCCAGACUUCCCUCUCCCCAGCCACUUCGUCUAGCUCUUCCCGGGGGAUCCCGAGGCGUUUCCAGGCCAGCCGGGAGACAUAGUCUUCCCAACGUGUGAAGCGACCGGAAUGAGAAUCAGCACCUCCAAGUCCGAGUCCAUGGUUCUCGCCCGGAAAAGGGUGGAGUGCCAUCUCCGGGUUGGGGAGGAGACCCUGCCCCAAGUGGAGGAGUUCAAGUACCUAGGAGUCUUGUUCACGAGUGGGGGAAGAGUGGAUCGUGAGAUCGACAGGCGGAUCGGUGCGGC